UUUAAUACAAUAACAUUUUCUCGCAAACAACGAAUAAGUGUAGUUCGAGAUGGGUGUGAUAACUUAGGUGUACCAAAUAUGCAAAGUAGAUAUUAUAUAGUUACUAAUAAUGAAAAUCUACAAGCAUCAAUAGCUAUUGUACCUUCUGGUUUUGUAAUUACUAUAGAUAAAGAAAUUAG